AUGGACGGGCUCGACGAGUUUGAAAAGACGCUCGCUGCCGAAAAGGCCGACCGCGAGCGCCAGGAGCUCCGCAAGCACCGGCACCACCACCGUCGUCACCACCGACAGGACCGCGACGACGACGACGACGACGACGGCCAUAGACACAAGCGAAGCCGCCGUUCUCGAGACGAUGCCGAUGACGGCCACCGACGACAUCACCGAUUGCGGCACACCCAUCGACACGACAAGCAAUCGGAUCCAAAGCAAGACCUGCCGUGUCCCGACGACGAGAAGCCCCGGACCCAGGACCCCGUCGGCCAGUCCAAGUCCUCUGAACCACUUGUGCGCGAUGCGUGGAUGACGGCGCCCUCGGCCCUGGACGUCGAGCACAUCCACCGAUCCAACCGCAGCAAGCCCAAGCCCCCGACCGACGAGCCCAAGCGCGUCAUUCACCACCGCGAGCUCAACCAUUCUCUGCAAGCGCUUGACGAUGAGGCACAUCCCCCGCUCCCCUCCAAGCGGACUGUCGACUACACAUUUGGCGACGCGGGCUCCUCGUGGCGCAUGACCAAGCUCAAGACCGUUCACAAGACCGCCGAGGAGACCGGGCGCUCAGUCGAGGACGUGGCCGUCGAGCGGUACGGCAGCCUGGAGGAGUACGAUGACGCGCAAGAGGAAAAGGCCGAGCUAGCGCGGAGGUGCAUUUAUGGAACCGGCUACAAGGAACGCGAAAAACCGACAGGCGAGCUCUCCCGCGAGCGGCAGCGGAAACAGCCCGCCGAGGAGCAGAACCCGGGCUCAGACCAUCAGCCAGAGCAGGGAGCCGUCAUCCCCGACGAGAUGGUGGUGGCGCCCGCCACGGACAGGACGGCGCUCAACAGGCUGCGCGCCCAGACGAUGAAGGCCAAGCUGCGCCGGGCGCCCGACGCCGCCCAGCUUGAGCAAGAGUACAACCGCGCCGCCGCCGCCCAGGCAUCGCAGCCCGUCGCGCCCGAGGCCGUCGUGCUGGGCGUCAUGGAGAGCCGGCAGCUGGCGGGCCCGCGCGGCGAGGUCAAGGCCGUGACGACGCGGCGGGGCCGGGAGCGCGGCGCCGUCGAGGAAAACGACGACAUGACCAUUGACGACAUGGUGCGCGAGGAGCGGCGGACCAAGGGCCAGGCGGGCGGCGAGGGCAUGCGGCUGGCAGAGCGCAUCGCCAGGGACGGGCGGUUCGCCGACAGCCUCGAGUACAUGGACGACAACGCGGCGCGGCUGGCGCGGCGGGUGCACAAGAGCGAGAUCAGCCUCAAGAACAUGGCCGUGGCCGAGGUGCAGCGCGCCACGCGGGCGCUCGACCGGUGCCCACUGUGUCACGACGAGGACGCCGGCCACCCGCCGGCGGCGCCCGUCGUGGCCCUGGGCACGCGCGUCUUCCUGACGCUGGCGACGCAGCCCGAGGUCAGCGAGGGCGGCGCCGUCAUCGUCCCGCUCGCCCACCGCGCAAACCUGCUCGAGUGCGACGACGACGAGUGGGAAGAGGUGCGCAACUUCAUGAAGAGCCUGACGCGCAUGUACCACGACCAGGGCCGCGACGUCGUCUUCUACGAAAACGCGGCUCAUCCACACCGCCGCCCGCACGCCGCCAUGGCCGCCGUGCCCGUCCCCUACGACCAGGGCGCCGUCGCGCCCGCCUUUUUCCGCGAGGCCAUGCUCGCCGCCGACGAGGAGUGGGCGCAGCACCCCAAGGUCAUCGACACGCUGGCCCGCGCGCGCGACGGCGGGCUCGGCCGCGCCGCCUUUCGCCGCUCGCUCGCCCGCGAGAUGCCCUACUUCCACGCCUGGUUCGCCCUCGACGGCGGCCUGGGCCACGUCGUCGAGGACCCGCGCCGCUGGCCCCGCGGCGACCUGUUUGCCCGCGAAGUCCUCGCCUCCGUCGUCGGCGCCGAGCCCGACGUUGCGCGCCGCCAGGGCCGCUGGGUCCCGGGUGCCGACUCUGCGCGCGUCGAGGCCUGGCGCCGGGGAUGGCGCCGGUUCGACUGGACCAGGGCGUUGGUGGACGAGGGCGGGGGGUCAUGA